ACUCCGUGCGUCUGAAGCUGCCAGCCCCAGCAAGAGGGUAGGUUUCGAGGUCGCAUGGCUUUGGUUGGGCUGCAGCUCCGGGCCGCUGUUUGCUCCUCGCUCUCCAGCCUUUCAUGGUCGCGGCUGACGGUCAGAAACUAUGCUGCCAAAAAACCGGCAGCGAGAGGCAAAAUGAGAGGUCUUUCCAAAGAAGAACUGAAAGGCCCUGAAAUAUGCAAGGACCCGGUUAAGCUCACCACUCAUGCUAUGGGGGUGAACAUCUACAAGGAAGGGACAGACGUAGAGCUGAAGCCAGACUCCGAGUAUCCUGAAUGGCUUUUCAAUAUGGACCUAGGGCCCCCUAAGAAGUUGGAAGAACUGGACCAGGACACUAUGCAAUACUGGCGUCUGCUCCGGAAAGAGAAUACAAAAUUAGGGAAAAAGUAUUGGAAGACAAAACCAUUUUGAUGCUAAGACGUGAAAUGGAGGCCACUUCAGGAAGGACUUGGGAUAUUAGGAAGUGGGAUUCUGUUUUGUUUUGUUUUUAAUUAUUCUUAUUCUUCUCUCUAAAUAAUGACCAAUAAAAAGCUCUACUCUCUAUAA